AUGGCGAAAACAGAUGAGCAGCAGCAGGAGCAGCAGGAGCUCGUCGUCUACAGGCCCCCACAUAGGUCAAUCAACACCAUUAGCAACAGCAGCAGCAGCGAGAACAACAACAAGGCCUGCGCUGCUCAUUUGUGCAGCAGCUCUUGGCCGCUACGCGCUACUGACGGUUCCGUCGCUCUUUCCUCUUUCUCCGGCCCGAUAACACUCAGUAUCACGAAUUUCCUGUCUCAACACCCCGGUGGGGCCAAGGUUAUCCUCAACAAUGCGGGCAAAGAUGUCACCUCCCUCUACACCCCAAUCCACCCCAGCGACGCCAUCGCCAAGAACCUCACAGAAGAGCAACACGUCGGUCGUCUCGACCCGGCUACCGUGGUGCAGGAAGCAAAGGAAGAGACCGACCAGGAACGACGACGCCGGAUCGCGUUGGAGAACCUCCCGCCCGUGGGGUCCAUGUUGAAUCUGGAUGAUUUCGAACGGAUGGCAAAAGAGAUACUGAGCGAGCAAGGCUGGGCCUACUACUCCUCCGCGGGAGACGACUGUGUGACCCUCCGAGCGAAUCGCACCUCGUUCAGUCGCGUCUGGUUCAGGCCACGCGUCCUACGCGGCGCGUCUGGAAAGCCGGGCAUUGAUACCAGCACAACGCUGCUCGAGAACAGCGCAAGGAUCGAAUCGAGUCUUCCCAUCUAUAUCUCGCCGGCCGCGAUGGCUAAAUUGGGUCAUCCGGAGGGGGAGGUCAAUCUUACCAAGGCGGCGCGUAGUGCGGGGAUUGUGCAGGGGGUCUCUGCGAAUGCUAGUGUCUCACUUGACGAGAUAGUCGCGGCUAGAGAGACGAGGGAGCAGCCAUUAAUCUAUCAACUCUACAUCAACAAGGAUCGUCGGGCCUCAGAAGAGAUCUUGCGCAAAGUCGAGCAAGACGGGUUCAAGGCCGUAAUGCUUACCGUAGAUGCUCCCGUGAUGGGGAAACGCGAGCUCGACAUGCGUGCCAAGGGAGAGAUAGUCUCUAGCCCUGCCUCGCCAGAUUCGGGUGGGUCUGCGUCUACCUCGACCUCUGGACGAGGGGUCGCCGGCGCUAUCUCGGGGUACAUCGAUCCCACCAUCUCUUGGGCUGAUAUAGACUGGUACCGCCGACACUGCAAGCUUCCCUUGAUUUUGAAGGGGGUGCAGAGCGUCGAGGACGUGCAGCUCGCCGUGCAGCAUGGUAUUGAGGCAGUGAUCCUCAGUAAUCAUGGGGGACGCAGUCUGGAUUAUUCCCCUCCCCCACUCGAUGUCCUAAUCUCUCUUCGCCAACACGCCCCUCACCUGUUCAACCAGAUCGAAGUCUGGCUCGACGGCGGGGUCCGUAGAGGCACGGAUGUGAUCAAGGCCCUCUGUCUAGGCGCUUCUGCUGUUGGACUCGGUAGACCCUUCCUGUACGCGCAGAGUGGGUUCGGUCAACCAGGGGCGGAGAGGGCAGUGGAGAUUAUGAGGGAUGAGAUUGAACGUUGUAUGCGUUUCCUUGGGGUUGGGAGCUUGAGCGAGUUGGGCCCGGAGUUGGUCGAGGUGCUGCCGAGGGUGUUUACCAACGAGCCCAGCCUCCGACUGAGCAUCGCAUCGCAUCGCAUCACGACGUCCCAUCAUCAGCACCAGACUCGCGCUACGCACUACCCGUUUUGCCCCCACCUCUAA